AGCAGGGUCUCAAUAAAGAGUUAUACAAUGGUGUAUUUAAAGCAGCUGGAGGUGGAAAACUUCAAGUCGUGGCGCGGGAGGCAGGUCAUCGGCCCCUUCAUGCGUUUUAACUGCGUUAUUGGCACAAACGGCUCCGAAGGUUCGGCCCAACCAGGAAAGUCCAACGUGAUGGACGCCCUGAGUUUCGCCAUAGGAGAGCGGGUCGCCUCGCUCCGCAUCAGGAACCUCAGAGACCUGAUACACGGAGCCCACGUCGGACAACCUGCGGCCGACACCGCCCGCGUCGCCUUGCGGUGCUGCGACGACGACGACCGGGAGACGGUGUUCUGCCGGAGCGUUGUCGGGAACUCGUGCGAGUAUCACAUUAAUGAUACACACGUUACUUUUGCCACAUAUUUGGAGGAGCUCACAAAGAUUGGGAUUAUUGCAAAGGCUCAAAACUGUCUGGUGUUCCAGGGAGCAGUGGAGUCUAUAGCUUUAAAGGACCCAAAGGAAAGAACCAAGAUGUUAGAGAUCAUCAGUCAGUCAAAAGAGUGUGCUGCAGAGUAUGAAAAGAAGAAAGCAGCCCUGUUGAAGGCUAAAGAGGACACACAGUUCUACUUCAACAAGAAAAAGUCUGCCACUGUUGAGAGGAAACAGGUGUCCCAGGAGAAAAUAGAGGCUCAGAAGUACCAAACUCUCUUGGACAACAUAGACCAAAAGCACUUGCAGCUAAGACUGGCUGAACUCUACCAUAAUGAGAAGGGCAUCAGCGCCCUCAAUGAGACUCUUGGGCAAAAACAGCAGGCUACAGCUAAUAAGAACAGCAAACUGGUGAAAUGUGAACAGACCCUCAAAUCUUACAAGAAGGAACAUGGACGUCUUGCUCGAGAGCAACAGCACAUUGAGAAGGAGAUCCGUGCCCAGGAACAUAUCCUGUCCCAGUCUCGGUCUCAGUACAUCAAAGCCAAGGUAAACACUGCCCACCAUGUGAAAAAGGCUGAAGAGAGCCGUAAUGCUUACAAGAAAACUAAGAAGCUGCAGGCUACUCAAGAGCAGGAUCUAGCAAAUGGUCUGGAAGAGUUGGCUGCAGUAGAGAGGACAUGGAGGGACUAUGAGAAGCAGUUCCAAUGGGAGGGAACCUUGCAUGGAAGGGACAUUGAGCUGGACAAGGAUCAGCUAGAGCGAUAUAGGGAGCUAAAACAGUUGGCUCAAAGACAGGGGGCUGUCCUCAGCCAACAGGCAGAGAAGCUGCACUGGGAGGUGAGAGCUGACAAUGAUAAGUUGGCUUUGGACCAGCGCAGAGAAAAGGAAGUGGAGGUUGGCAUCAGGAACCACCAGAUUCAGCUGGAAGAAGUAACACGCAAAGCAGAGAAGCUGGAGGAGUACACCCAGUCCUGCAUUUCAUCUCUUGAGGAGUAUCAUCAGCGUGAGGAGAACCUAAGCGCAGAGCUGCAGCGGGGGCGCCAGCGCACUGAGGAGGUGAACCGGGAGCUGGGUCAGGUGAUGGAGGAUCUGGGGAACGCCCGGCUGUACAGCCUGGAGAGCACACGCCAGCAGCAGCGCAAGGAUCUGCUAGAUAAGCUUCGUAGACUCUACCCUGAAACUGUGUAUGGCCAGCUCUCUGACUUCUGCAGUCCCAUUCAUAAGAAGUACCAGCUGGCUGUCACCAAGGUGUUUGGUCGCUACAUUAAUGCAAUAAUAGUGGCCUCAGAGAAAGUAGCCCGUGACUGCAUCAUUUUCAUGAAGGAGGAGCGAUACGAACACGAAACCUUUCUACCCAUAGACUACUUGGAUGUGAAACCUCUAAAUGAGCGUCUGAGGGAGGUGCCUGGUGCCAAGAUGCUGGUUGAUGUUGUACAGAUUACAGCUGCCACUGCUGCGUCUCAGCUACGGAGAGUGGUGCAUUUCAUAUGUGGCAACUCACUGGUGUGUGAGACCAUCAAAGAAGCUCGACACUUGGCCUUCGAUGGGCAGAAGCGCUUAAAGACAGUAGCUCUGGAUGGAACGCUGUUUGCCAAGUCGGGUCUGAUUUCUGGAGGCUCCAGUGACCUACGCACUAAAGCUCGCCUCUGGGAUGAGAAAGACAUGACACGGCUGAAGGAACGCAAAGACCAGCUGACAACAGAGUUACGCGACCUAAUGAGGCUGAAGCGGAGAGAGACCGACCUGAAUCAGAUUAUUGCUCAGGCUCAGGGUGCUCAGAUCCGCCUCAAAUACUCCAAAGCUGAGCUGGAAAACAUUAAAAAGAAAAAUAUCCCUAAAUGCCAAGCGGAAAUUUCUCGUAUGGAGAGUGAAUUAGUAAACCUAAAUUCUCAGAUCCAUAUGCAGCAGGAGAGUGUGAAGGCAAAGGAAGCAGAGCUGAAGACACUCAGAGAUCAGAUUGACAAGAUGGAGGAUUCUGUCUUUUUUGACUUCUGUGCUGAGAUUGGGGUGGGCAGCAUCCGGGAGUAUGAGCAGGAGCACCUGAGACAGCAGGCAGAGCGUGACAAGAAACGGCUGGAGUUUGAGAAUCACUGUACACGCCUAAAUGCACAGCUUCAGUAUGAACAAAACCAACUGGAGCAGCUGAAGAAGAAGCUCCACAAAAUGGAGGAGUAUGUUGAUGAGGAGGAGAGAACCAUGGCUGAGCGAAGGAAGGAGGAGGAGGAGCUGCUCGUGGCAGUGGAAAAUUGUCAAGACAAGCUUCUUGAGCUGAACAACCUGCUGUUGUCUAAGAAAAGCCAAGUGACCACUGCCAAGGUUGAACUGGACCAGAAAAGCCAGAGUGUCGAAGAAAUGAACAAAGAGUUGAUGAAGCUUCAGCGGGAGGUGAUGUCUACAGAGACAGCUUUGGAGCAGAAAUACUUGGCAAGACACAACUUACUUGUGUCCAUCAAGAUCCAGAAUCUGUCCAUCACCCUGCUGUCUGGCAGUCUGAAUGAAAUCAGUGGGGAGCAGCUUGAUGCAGAAUCUGAAAGCACUUUAGCCACCAUGGACGUGUUUGAAAGAGAGGCGCAGCUAGUCAUCGAUUACUCUGCACUGGAGGAAGACUUCAGGAUUCUGCAGACUGAAGAGGAGGUGCAGGCUUACAUAGAAAACAUGAGGGAGUCCAUUUCCUCUUUGGAGGAAUUGCUGCAUCAUACCUCUACACCAAAUUUUAAAGCUCUCGAGAAGAUGAAGGAGGUGAAGGACAAGUUGCAGGGAAUCAUGGAAGCUUUUGAUGCCAGCACGAAAGCAACCAAAAAGUGCAGCCAGGAGUUUGAGCAAGUGAAAGCCCAGCGCUUCCAGCUCUUCAGCCGGUGCUUUGAGCACGUGUCUGCUGUAAUUGAUCAAAUCUAUAAAAGAAUUUGCAGAAACAGCAGCGCACAGGCCAUUCUGAGUGUAGACAAUCCAGACGAGCCGUACCUCGGAGGCAUCACGUACAACUGCGUGGCGCCUGGGAAACGCUUCAUGUCCAUGGACAACCUGUCUGGUGGAGAGAAGGCCAUCGCUGCUUUGGCCCUGCUGUUCGCCAUUCAUAGCUUCCGUCCUGCUCCUUUCUUUGUCUUGGAUGAAGUGGAUGCAGCUUUGGACAACACUAAUAUCAGCAAGUUGACCAGUUUCAUCAGGGAGGAGACCAAGAGGAACAUGCAGAUUAUUGUCAUCUCCCUGAAGGAGGAGUUUUUCUCCAAGGCUGAUGCUUUGCUUGGAGUUUUCUCUGAAUCUGACGAUUGUAUGUUCAGUUGCAUUGUGACCAUCGAUCUGCGUCCAUACCCUCUGAUAGAAGAAGACAAUGGGAAAGACACUGACACGGACGUCAGAGCGGCUUGAAGUCAGCAGAAGUGUCGCCACAAAGCAGCAUUUAAAUGGACAGAUAACAGCUCAGACACAAGUAUUGAUUUUAGUUCAUGUUUCUACGGGUCCAUGUUUAGCGUUCAGGACAUCUCGUGUUUCGCCACUGUGGUAACCUGUUGUGUAUUGCUACUUUGUUGUAAUACAUAUUCAUUUGUGCUUUGUAUUUCAUGUUCAAUAAAUGCACUGUUGAAUUUG